ACUCUUAUUAACGGUGCCGUUUAGGACUGGCAUAAGUCCUCUCUUGCACGACACUUCUUCAUUUCAUCUACCACGCUUCCCGCAUGACUCCUCUUUCUUCACAGAUCAAGCACCCGCCUCUACCCUUUGCUUUGCACCGCCGUCCUCCUCCACGAGAUUCUUAUCUUCCCGGAAAAGAACGCGAAGAUGUUAGAGAAGAUCGGGUUGCCGGCAAAGCCCGCAGUUAGAGGGAACAAUUGGGUGGUUGAUGCUUCACACUGUCAGGGAUGUAAUUCUCAGUUUACCUUUAUCAAUCGCAAGCAUCACUGCCGGAGGUGUGGCGGCUUGUUUUGUGGCAGUUGUACUCAGCAAAGGAUGGUUUUGCGUGGGCAAGGUGAUUUGCCCGUGCGCAUAUGCGAGCCUUGUAAGAAGCUUGAAGAGGCUGCACGUUUUGAGAUUCGACAUCGUCACAAGAGCAGAGCUGGGAGAGGCAGUUCAACAUCGACAUCAAAGUAUGAGGAUGAAGUUCUGAACCACAUUCUAGGUAGUGCCAGAGAGGAAUCUUUUUCAUCUGUACAGGAGUCAAAUAAUGACACGGUUUUUGGUAUUAAAAGGGCAACUAGCAGUGCAUCCUGUUCAAAUGCUUCAGAAGUUGCUGCGCAGGAUGGGGGAGGAGAAGUACAAAGACGUAUUACUCUCAACGAGCCUAAUAAUUUUACGAGUGACAUGGCAUCUGCUAGUCCUGAGGAAUUGCGUGAGCGAGCUUUGGAUGAAAAGAAGAUGUACAAAAUUCUAAAAGGAGAAGGGAAGUUAGGGGAAGCUCUGAAAGCCUUUAAGAGAGGGAAAGAGCUUGAGAGGCAGGCUGAGGCUUUGGAAAUAUACUUAAGAAAAAGGAGUAAAAAGGUGUUAUCUUCUGGAAACAUGGCUGAUAUCCAGAACAAAUAUGGCCCUAAAGAAUCUGGCAGAAAAAACAAGAUCAUUCCAAGUGCGGGUAAAGAAAAGGAUGACCUUGCUGCUGAACUAAGAGAAUUGGGAUGGUCUGAUAAAGAUAUACAUGAUGAACACAAAAAAUUAGAAAGUACGACUUUGGAAGGUGAACUAUCCUCUCUUCUUGGAGAAGUCUCUCAAAAGAUUAAUAUAAAUAAAAGUAGUCCCAGAAUUGAUAAGACUGAGGUUGUUGCUCUUAAGAAAAAGGCACUCAUGUUGAAGCGGGAGGGAAAUCUAGCUGAAGCCAAGGAAGAAUUGAAGAGAGCUAAAGUUUUAGAGAAACAACUUGAAGAACAGGAACUCUUGGCUGGGGCUGAAGAUUCUGAUGACGAGCUGUCUGAAUUAAUCCAUAGUAUGGAUGAAGAUAAAGAAGAAUUGUCAAUUCAAUAUGAGCAGGAGCAUAAUUUUGAUUUCGGUCACAUUGUCGGCACUUCUGAUGAUUUUAUUGUUGAUGGUAGUUUUGAUGUGACUGAUGAAGAUAUGGACGACCCUGAAAUAACUGCUGCUUUGCAAUCAUUAGGGUGGACUGAAGACUCUAUUAAUCAUGAAAAAAUUUCUCAGGAGUCCGUUCCUAUUGACAGGGAAGCCAAAUUAAGGGAAAUUCAAGCUUUGAAAAUAGAGGCUCUUAAUCAGAAAAGGGCAGGUAAUGUUGCAGAGGCAAUGACUAAGCUUAAGAAGGCAAAGGUUCUUGAAAGGGACCUUGAAGACUUUGAAUCUCAAGUGGAUGACUCCAUUGUGCACAGUCCCAUGGUCACUGAGAAACAUUCAACUUUUAUGUCUGAUGAUAAAUUUUUAAACUCUGCAAAGGUGGGUUAUGAAGAUAUUAAUGCCAGGAAAGAUGUUGGUUCCAGACUCGCACCAAAGAGUAGAUUGAUGAUUCAGAAAGAGCUUCUGAGCUUAAAAAAGAAGGCUCUUGCUUUGAGGAGGGAAGGAAGAUUGGAUGAGGCAGAGGAAGAACUGAAGAAGGGUAAGGUUCUUGAGCAUCAGCUUGAACAUAUGGAUAAUGCUUUGAAGGUGACAGCUACUAAGGUUACUGUUGGUAUUAAAGACCCAGAUUUUUCUUACAAACAUCCUGAUGUCAACAAAAAUAUUUCAGUUGGAGAACGAGAAGGUGAAGAAGAUUUGACAGAUCACGAUAUGCGUGACCCAACGUAUCUUUCACUUCUAAAGAAUUUAGGCUGGACUGAUGAAGAUAAUGAGCUUGAAAACUCCGCAUCCAAACUGUCUAAGCAAGAUGAUAAUGUUUCUGUGCAGAGAGUCGAGUCAUCUUCAACUCAAUCCCCUUCUAUUAUUGUGGUCAGAUCAUCAAGAAGUAGAGCUGAACUCCAGAAGGAACUCUUAAGCUUGAAGAGAAAGGGUCUUGCUCUGAGACGCCAAGGGAAGACUGAAGAGGCUGAGGAAGUCCAGUGGAAUGUUAAAGCAUUGGAGGCCCAGAUUGCUGAGAUUGAUGCUCCAAAGAAAGAAAUACAGAUUGAAUCUAAUAGGCCCAAAGAUAAAAUCUUUGAACCCCUUGCCGAGAGUUCAGUGGAGGAAGGAGAUGAAGGGGAUGCCACGGUAAAUGAUGUGCAAGACCCAGCCCUACUCUCAAUUCUAAAGAAUCUGGGGUGGAAGGAUGACGAACUUGAACCUGUAACCAUGCAAGAAGGAACAAAACUAGUUGCUGUUAAUACCUUAAGUACUACAGAUCCAUCUGUAAUUGAAUCCUCUUCCAGAACCCCUGUUGCAGUGCCAAGAAGUAAGGGAGAAAUUCAAAGGGAGCUUUUGGGUUUGAAAAGAAAGGCCCUUGCUCUUAGACGCAAGGGAGAAAUGGAACAGGUGGAGGAAACACUGAGAAUGGCGAAGGUGCUAGAGGUCCAGUUGGAAGAUAUGGAAGUCCCAAAAGUGAAACUAAUGGUUAAUGCAUCUGAGGAUGAAAGACCGGAGCCUUUUGAAUUAUUGAUUAGUAGUCGAAACCAUGGGAGUUUGGAAGGCACAGUGGAAGCAAGCAAAGGGCCAGUCGCAGCAGUGAUGGGUUCAAAUGGCCAAGUUGUUCAGUCAUCUGUGGGUUUAGGAGGAACAAAAACUGACCCGAUUGAUCCUCCCUCGAGGGAUUCUGAUUCUAUCUCCAUUUUCUCUCAGUUUCCUGAGGAAAACAAUCCUUUUUCUGUAGAAUUGGUUGCUUCAGAUAAAAUGAGUCCUCCAGACAACACCAAAACGGCAAAAUAUGCUGGUUACAACCCUCCACCUGGUCAUUCUGUGAACAUGGUGGAUCUGCUCACUGGUAAUGAUUGGAAUUAUUCUCAAAAUCCUGAACAAAAGAAAGAGGAGAAAUUAAAUUUGGGUUCAGAUGAAUUGUUUCCCACCUGUCCUAUUCAUUUGGCAUCUGUGAAAAGUCCAGAAAAAGAUCUGGGAAGCAAGGACCAUGUUACAACUACAAAAAUAGAAAUGGUACAUUCAGAUGAGAAGCCAAAUACAUAUGAAGCAAAUUCAGCUCAGGAAUUUCCCUUGCAGAAGGUUGAUAGCUCCCUCCGGCAAGAAAUUUUGAUUCAUAGAAGGAAAGCAGUUGCUUUAAAGAGAGAAGGAAAUUUGAGAGAAGCUCGGGAGGAACUUCGCCAAGCUAAGCUGCUUGAGAAGAGUCUGGAGAACAAUUUCCAACCAAAAACUGGUCCUAGUGAUGUGUCUACUUCUGACGUUCCUCCUUUUGGAAAAAAGGAUCAUGGUACAACAAAUUUGGCUCCGAAACCAUUGUCCAGUCGCGAGCGUUUCAAAUUGCAACAGGAAUCUCUUGGUCACAAACGCCAGGCCCUGAAGCUGCGAAGAGAAGGUCGGAUAGAAGAAGCAGAAGCUGAGUUUGAGUUGGCCAAAGCAAUCGAGAUGCAGUUAGAUGAGUUGGCUGCUCAUGAUUCCACGGUCUCUUCUGUUAGUAAGUUAGAACCAGCUGAUGAUGUGGUUGUUGAGGAUCUUCUUGAUCCUCAACUGCUACAUGCCUUGAAAGCAAUUGGACUGGAAGGUGCUAAUAUGGUGGCACCAAGCGUCCCAGAAAGACAACAGCCUUCGAAAGUUAAUGCUGGUAGAAAUGAAAACUCGAAUCUAGAGAGAACUCAGCUGGAAGAACGGAUCAAGACAGAGAAGGUGAAGGCAGUAAGCUUGAAACGCUCAGGAAAACAAGCUGAGGCCUUGGAUGCUCUUCGGCAUGCCAAACUUCUCGAAAAGAAACUGAAUUCCUUAGCUUCACAAUGAAGAAAUAAGGAUAUUUCAUUCGGAAGCUGGGAAAUCCUCCCUUGUGCAAGCUCGGACGUUUCUGUAGGUGAAGUUACUGGGGAUGAAGUAACUCUGAUGCAAGAGGAUAUGGAAGCUACUUAUGAAACUUCUCCUGUUGCACCAUAUGUUGUUAAUUGACGUUGAUCAAUGGUCAAAGAAAAUAUGGAAGAUGGUAAUGUGAUUUUUAACAGAUUGUUGCUGUUUUUUUUUUUUCUUUUAUUUCCCAGUUCUGUUGCCUUCGGAAGAAUUGAUAACUGGGAAAAGUGUACGGUGUACUAUACUUUUUUGUUCAAAUUUGUACUAAAAACGAGAAUGAAUUUUCCAUCAAAGCAAAUAUAUUUGAACUUUAUGGUAAA